UACAUACAACUAGUGUAUUAAGUUAGGUAGAUAUGUCUCACUCCCAUCAAUAGCCGCUUCAAUUUCAGUUGAGUUUCAAUUUCAAUGGCAUCCGGAUCCGAGGAGGCUUCAAGAGUGAUCUAUUUCCGCAGUAUAGGUGGAGGUUUGCAUGAAUAUUACUGUAUUAAUUGUGAUUUCUUGGCGGAAGAAAGAAUUUGUCCGCUUACCAGUUUCACUUAUGAACGGGGAACAGGGUGGACGGUUACUGAUGAUUACAUCUACUGCAUCGGAGGAAUCAGGGAAACAGAGGACCUUGAAUACACAGUAUCUAAGGAAUUGCAUAAAUUUAAUACUAGAAACCCUAAUUCUACCUGGGAAAUAGUAUCUGCUCGAAGGAAUCUUCGUUGGUACAAGCCGCUUGUCUUUGCCUUUGGUAGGAGGAUCUAUGUUAUAGGAGGCGAUAGGUUUUCGCCCGACUAUGAAAUAGUCGAUGAGGAUUGGACACAUUUUGGUGAAUUUUACGACCUUGACACCCAAACGUGGCACAUUCUGUCGUUGGAAGUGGGAGAUAUCGAAAAGUUUGGUAAUUUUGGUACUACUUAUGCAGCCCUUAUGGAUAAAAAAAAAAUAGUUUUUUAUUCAUUUGGUGGAGGUUCUAUGUUGUUUUAUGAUGUUGUUACGGAGGAAUUGCGUUACGAGGAACAUCAUCCCAACUUGGAAUUGGGGAAAAAAGGUGUUCGACAAGGGCUCGAAGGUUGUAUGUAUCUAGAUGUUUUAUUCCGUGUUGCGAGAAAUAUGAAGGCGCUUGUAUGUUACUCGACAUUGUAUUGGUUUAGCUGUGAUCUGUGCUUAUAUGGGUAUGAUUUUUGUAAAGGAAGAUGGUUUCAAUCAAGAAGUCUUCGAAAAGAACUAAAUUGGCCACUUUCCCUUCAUAUUUCUCAGAUACUUGCUAUUCCACUAUUGUUUGACCUGUAUAAUGGAACAUUUCUAGUGAUGGCUGCUCUAGAUCGUAAAAAAUUGGGAAUGGCAAUCCUUGCAGUUCGCAAAGAGGAAGACUCUCUAGAUGUGUCCGUGCAAUCCUCCAAAAUUGCACCUGUUGACACUUUAAACCACAUCAACCCCGUGGAUGGGAUGGUUUAUGGGCGGAACUACAGGGGUGCAUGGGGGUUCAACUGAACCCCCUUCGUCGGAAAAAUUACACUGUAUAUAUAAGGUUUACGAAUGAAGGGUCUAUGCUUGGAAAAAGAAAUUUGCAAUGGAGGACUAAUGGUUUGACAUUGUUCAAUUUAACGCGUGCAAGCUUUGUACUUCAGCUGCGUGCAUCUGGUCCAAUCUGAUGGACUUGAAAACGAGUCAUCUUAACUUGUUGGGCUUUGAUGAUGAUUUGCUCCACAAAUUAAAAAAGUGAGAAAAAAAGAAUUUAAAAAAAUGUUUCGAAAUGAUUUCGCAGCAAUUUCCUAUCAAGAUAUAUUUCUCAGGCAUUUCUUUUGGCGGUGCGAGAACUUUGUUUAGGUUGAAUUUGUGCAAUUUGUAGUUGUACUAGCGUAGUACUUAGGUGGGUGCAACUGGUACAAUGUGAUAGACUCGUGCCAAUCUAUGUUUUAGUGUUUCUCCUUGAUAAGAUAGCAUAUUUUUGUGUUGA